UCAAGGGCCCGCCUCCGCAAUUGAGCCAACCAGGGCUGGCGGGAGGGUGCUUCCUUCUGGAGCUGGGUCUUUACCAGGAGCUGCAGCCUGGAUGAAGUGCGGACUCGGUGGCUGCAGCUGCGGAGCUGUGCGCAGGCGCAGAACUGACCGGAUCGAGCGGGCGACUGUGGCCUCGCAAGCUGUUGAGAAGCGGGCGAGGGUCCGAGGUUUAAAAAUAUCCUUUUUUGCUGAGGGAACACAAUUGCUGGUAUAGUGUCAGAAUGUCAAGUACUGUGUCCUACUGGAUCUUAAAUUCUACAAGGAACAGCAUUGCCACAUUGCAAAGGGGCAGACGCUUAUACUCCAGGUGCAUCUCAAAUAGGAAUAAAUUUAAAUGGAGGCUCUUUUCCCGGGUGCCACCCACCCUAAACAGUUCCCCAUGUGGUGGCUUCACUCUCUGCAAAGUCUACAGACACACAUCAACAGAGGAAGAUGAUUUUCACUUGCAACUCAGCCCUGAGCAAAUAAAUGAAGUGCUUCGAGCUGGUGAGUCAGCCCACAAGAUUCUUGACCUUGAAAGCAGAGUUCCAAAUUCAGUGUUGCAGUUUGAGAGCAACCAGCUGGCUGCAAAUUCCCCAGUGGAGGACCGGCGAGGUGUAGCCUCCUGCCUGCAAACCAGUGGACUGAUGUUUGGCAUCUUUGAUGGACAUGGCGGUCAUGCAUGUGCCCAGGCAGUGAGCGAGAGGCUCUUCUACUAUGUGGCAGUGUCCCUGAUGUCCCACCAGACCCUGGAGCACAUGGAGGGAGCUGUGGAAAGCAUGAAGCCCUUGCUGCCCAUCCUGCAUUGGCUCAAACACCCAGGGGACAGUAUCUACAAGGAUGUCACAUCCGUGCAUCUUGACCACCUCCGUGUCUAUUGGCAGGAAUUGCUUGACUUGCACAUGGAAAUGGGACUAAGCAUUGAGGAAGCAUUAAUGUACUCCUUCCAGAGAUUGGAUUCUGACAUCUCACUGGAAAUCCAGGCCCCCCUGGAAGAUGAGGUGACAAGGAACCUGUCACUCCAGGUUGCUUUCUCUGGGGCAACAGCUUGCAUGGCUCAUGUUGAUGGAAUUCACUUGCACGUGGCAAAUGCUGGUGACUGCCGAGCCAUCCUUGGUGUCCAGGAGGACAAUGGCAUGUGGUCUUGUCUGCCCCUUACCCGUGACCACAAUGCCUGGAACCAGGCUGAGCUGUCCCGGCUAAAGAGGGAGCACCCUGAAUCAGAGGACAGGACGAUCAUCAUGGAGGACAGGCUGCUGGGUGUCCUCAUGCCCUGCAGGGCCUUUGGGGAUGUCCAGCUGAAGUGGAGUAAAGAGCUGCAGCGCAGCGUUCUGGAAAGGGGCUUUAACACCGAGGCCCUCAACAUUUACCAGUUCACGCCCUCACACUACUAUACUCCACCCUACCUUACUGCUGAGCCUGAGGUCACAUACCACAGGCUGAGGCCCCAGGAUAAGUUCCUUGUGCUGGCGUCAGAUGGCCUGUGGGACAUGCUGAGCAAUGAGGACGUGGUGAGGCUGGUGGUGGGGCACCUGGCUGAGGCAGAUUGGCACAAGACAGACCUGGCCCAGAGACCUGCCAACUUGAGGCUCAUGCAGAGCCUGCUGCUGCAGAGGAAAGCCAGUGGGCUCCACGAGGCUGACCAAAAUGCAGCCACGCGGCUGAUCAGACAUGCCAUCGGGAGCAAUGAGUAUGGGGAGAUGGAGCCAGAGCGGCUGGCGGCAAUGCUGACAUUGCCAGAGGACUUGGCAAGGAUGUACAGGGAUGAUAUCACUGUCACUGUGGUAUACUUUAACUCAGAAUCAAUUGGUGCAUAUUACAAGGGGGGUUAAGAAUCUCCCGUCCUAUUGUCAAGGUUAACAUAAAUGCUCUUCUAAAAUGUUUUCACUUACUCUUGAACUAGCUAUCCAAACUUUACUAUUAAAAUUGUAGGCAGAUUUAAUUUGCUAAAUAGACUAACAGGAGGAAAAAAACAAACAGCCUAGCUUUAAAAAAACAGUGAAAUAGAAGCAAUUUCAUGUCCCUGUAUGUUUUGAUCAAGUCUUAUAUGCAGAGAGGACAGAGCAUAAAGUCUAUGGAAUUGGCUUGGGCUCAUGUAGCCCAAGUCUUUUGAUGAAGAUGUUAAACUGUGUCAGCCUGAGCCUUCAAAGGGUAAAUUUAAUCAUGAUUAUGAGAAUAAAGAAAUUCAGGAUCUUCUGAGGUCUUGCCACAAAAUCUGCAGAUUUGAUAAUUCUCCUGAAUUCACAAUCAUGGACUUCUAGACUAUGAAGAGAUAUUUUAUUUGUUUGUCUUUUAUUUAAAUUACUAAGGCCUAGGUUUACAAAGCAUACUACAGUACACUUUUCUAUGCAAUAUCCUAACUUUUUGUGUGUGAUUAUACAUGUAAGAAAUUUUGUAAUACUACAUUCUAGUUCUGUUUUCAUUUAUUUUAAAAUUGAAUCCUUAAACUUGUAAACACGCCUACUGUAAGCAUGCUUGGAAUGACUUGUUUUGGUUUCAGCUGAUAGGAUCUAUGCCUCUGGACCAGCUGAACCUACUGGUGCAGCUUUUGGUCCCCUCUACUGAGUCCCAUUCUAGAAACUUUGAGCCAUACUGGGAGGUAACUUGUCUAUGCCUUAAACCCUAACCUUUCCUGUGUUGGUAAAAUUUCCUCCUGGGCUGAGCCUUCGGGGGUUGGUUCACAGCAUUUAAGCUUUCUGAUUAUACCUCUCAAACAUUCUUCUGUCAAUUCCACACAAUCCUUCUACCUCUGCUAUGCUGAACCCCUCACUUACCCUGCACCUCCCAACAACAAAAUACUGUGUGAAAGAAUCUUUCAUAUGUUCCUGCUUCAUGUGGCUGCAGGAAAGGAGAAAAUGUGAUUGCAUAUGGUACUUGUGGUGAUAGACGUUUAGACAGGAUAGGUUUAUUUAGUGGAUUGUGGACUGAAGAUUCAACCUCUAUCUGGAGAGGUGAAAACACAAAAGGCUUAAGGAAAAGUUUCUAACCAAGGUUCUCUGAAUCCUUUACUGAGAGGUGAUGGGGAGGAGGAAGGAGUGAGACUUACCAAAUGGGAUGCUUGCCCCAAUACUGUGGGAUAAACCACCAUUGCCACUCCUCAGGAAUUAGACCAUAUUUAGUAUAGGAGUUGGGGCAAAAAUAAAAGUUUAACUUGUAAUGGCUUCUGUGGGCUGCAGAUUCUUUGUAUUUACUUGGAAAUUCAGUCAAGUGGCUCCGUUGUGGAGAUGAAUUUCAUCUCAUGAAUUGCUGUGGCAUUUAAACAACAGGAAAUGUGUCCCUAAA